AUGAAUGAUGAUAACCAAGAAGAUGUUAUUGUAACUGAUUGGAGUCAAAUAGGCGACGAUGCGGCUGACAGCGAUGAGGACGAUAUUCUGGCUUAUAAAGGAAUUGCCCUGCUUGCCAGUCUAUUACCUGAAGGCUCAGCAUUUCAAUUGCCUGAAGGUUCGAGUGAAGAAGAAGAAUAUAUUCUUCGACAGCAAUUGGCUGCCAUCCAAUUAAGCUCUGCAUCAUCUAGCUUAAGCCUUGUAUCUGUUUCAUCUGAAGCCUGUACGUCAGGCACUUCCUGCAUUCCAUCUAUUAUCACAGCGCCCGAAAAAAUUCUGCAAUUAGAAGGAAUCGUCGAGGAGGAACAUCUGGAUGAGAUGUCCUCCUCAUGCAAUGCUGGAGGUGUUGCAUACCCUCCUUCCCUUUCCGGACGGCUUUCUUCCGGAGAUAUGGUCAUGACGGCCCCAAGUUCAUCUUCUACAGACUCCGCCCACUUACAUCAGGUCAACGUCAGACCCCGCCCUCAAGUUCCACCAAAGCCUCCCAUUGACACAGUUCGAUAUAGUAUGAAUAAUUUGAAAGAAUCAAACGAAUGGCAGCUGGAUCAGCUUCUGGAGGAGCUAUCUGCUCUAGAAACACAGCUGAAUUCAUCUUCUGGCGAUCAGCUGCUUCUUGGAAUUCCAACAUUGCCUCAAGCAUCAUCUAACUCAUCAGGAGCAUCAACAAAUAAAUUAUCAAAUGCGACGACGAGUCAGACGAUAACUUCUGAUAUUCACACAUCCAGGAUUGUAACAGCACCAGCCUUAGCUUCAUCCUGUUCAUCUCCUGAUGGCGAUUCAGCGUUUGGAGACAGUUCAUCCACAGAAUCAAGAAAUAGAAAUAGUGCUUUUUCAUCAUCCAAUGACAGCUGUCGUGAUUCAUUACAUACUCCAAGUCCAACACAGAUAUCUCCACGAUCGACAGAGUUGACGCCUGAAGAAGUCAAAGCGGCUAAGAUCAAGCAAGCUUUGGAGAAAAUGAAAGAAGCUAAAGUAACAAGGAUAUUCGUCAAAUUCUUUGUAGAAGACGGUGCACCACUACAGAUGCUCGUCGAUGAGAGGUGGACUGUCUCUGAGGCCAUGAAACAAGUAGCUGAGAAACAUCAAAUCUCAUUAUCAGAAGAUCAUUGUAUCGUGGAAGAGUAUCCAGAUCUAUACAUUCGACGAAUAUACGAAGAUCAUGAGAAUUUGGUUGAAAAUAUCCAGAUGUGGCAACAAGAUUCGCCCAACAAACUCUAUUUCAUCAGACGUCCUGACAAGUAUCCGUUCAUUGAUCGACCGGAACUAUAUCUGGUGACGGACAAGACGACAGACCUUGAGGUUCCUCAAGGAACAACCUGGACUCGGGAAGUUAAACAACAGUUCGUCGAAGAGUUCUUCAAUCGCGACACUGUCGUGCCUCCUGAGAUGGAUGGAUUCCUGUAUUUGAAAGCUGACGGCCGAAAGAGUUGGAAGAAGUAUUAUUUCGUGUUAAGACCUAGCGGACUGUAUUAUGCUCCAAAAGGAAAGAAAGCUGUAUCGUCCAAAGAUUUACAAUGUCUCAUGAACUUGCAUUCCAAUCAAGUGUAUUCAGGAAUCAAUUGGUCUAAGAAAUACAAAUCGCCAACCGAUUACUGUAUUUCCAUUAAGUUAACACAAUUGCAAGUCAAACGAUCACAGUACAUCAAAUACAUCUGCUGUGACGAUGAACCUACUUUCCGUAAAUGGAUUGUUGCUCUUCGAAUUGCCAAGAAUGGAUCUUCACUCUACAACAACUAUCAAGCUGCAUGCGAACUUCGACGAAACGCUUUGAACGCUGCUCCAUUACGAAACUCUGUCUUAUCCAGAGUGGAUUCAGCUUCUGUUCAUGAUAAUCUCAGUGUCAACACUGGACAUCACCAACAACCAGGAUCAUGUUCUUCAAGCCAACAUGAUCUUCGACUGCUUGCUUCUGCCAAAGCUAUGCCUUCUCCCUCCCAAAUAAGUCGAGUCAGUCAAAUGACAACUGGAAGUGAUCGGAGUGUCGCACAAUCAACUUCCUUGGACGUUUAUCCUGGUCAUAACGUGUCCGGAAGUUGUUUGAAUCUUCGUGACCAGUCCUUAUCUUCCCUCCGAUUUGAUGAGCAACCAACUGGAACCAUCAAAAGGGCGCCACUCGACGUUAUUCGAAGAAUGAGCCAAAGUUCUUCGAAUGACAGAGCCAGCACUGCCGGAACUCCUGAUGAUGAUUCUGAUGAAGAUUUCCCUGCUCCACCUCCCGUGUCUGCUCAGCUCAGUCGAACAUCUACACCCGUUCAGAAUGGUGGUCCUCCGGCAGCUCCUCCAAAGCCAGCAUACUAUCAGAAACCUGCUGGUCCUCCAACUCCCGCACGUCAGACACCAGUCCAAUCACCGACACCAAUAGGGAAUACUCCGAAGAAAGUGCCACCACCACCUCCGAAACGAUCAGAUGCUACUCGAAUAGUAUCAGCAGCUCCACACAUGAACGAUUUAGAAGCAGCUCUAGCUCGCCGACGAGAAAAACUUGCUCAGCAGGUCUGA